GCGUGUUGAUAAUUAUGGACACGAAAGAAUCUCAGCAAUGCCAGCGAAUAAUACUUUUUAUUACGAACAAAAACCGUUACCUGUUUCUGAAAAUAUUUAUCAUUAUGGACAACAAAUGUCUAUACCUGAAAAUAGUAAUUCAAGUGGCAAUUUUCAAAGGUCAUCAAUACAAAAUAUUGACUUUGAUAAUCUAAAGAAUGAAAUAGUUCAGGUGGUUAGACAGGAGCUUGCACAAAAUAGAUACAGAUAG